GCUCACUGUAGCGCUGUCCUGUGGUCCAUGCCAUAUUUGCGGCCCCGUCGCCUGGGCUGGCCACAUCUGGGUGGGCCAGGGCAGGAUUCGCAGGGCGGCGCUGACUUCUGACAAGGAGGGGUGUUACAGUGUGGGUGGAAUGGGCGCGGCAUAACUGGGCGGAAUGGGCGUGCCUUUGAGAAGCCCAGCCCUGUCCCGCUUAGACAAUGCCCCGGAGCCGCCAGACUGUCGCGACCCCCGCCCCAUCGUAGUACAGGAUCUCGGCAAUCCAAAGGCUUCCUAAAAUCCAUAGUUCCUAAUUCCUAAGGCUUGAAGAUUGGGACGUCUUUUCUCACCAACUUUGAACUCGGGGUGGGACCCCAGCCGAGAUCACAGCGCGACAGGAGUGGGGGUGGCAGCUAGAGGUGAGUCUGGGGUGAGGGGUGUCCCCUGGGCCGUAUGGGGGCCAAAGUUGGGGGGUAUAGGUACUCUACCUGCAUAGGACAGAGUGCAGGGAUCCGACAUUUGGGCGCGGACCUGGGCGGGGUGGACUUUAGAGGCAAGAUGGACAGGGGGACCCAGUCCUGGAGCCUGGAGUGGCACCCGAGCCCCAGAACCACGCCCACUGUUUCCCCGCCCCUUUCAUUUCGUUUUAGACCUCUCCCAGUCCUCUGGGACUAGGUCUGGUAGAUACUGGGUCGCGCUAGGGGCAGCGUGACCGACCGGGGGUGGAGAGAGAAUGCUUAACUCCUUAAGCUCUAAUUCCUCCCUCCAUUCCCUGCCCCUUUCUCCCUGCCUCACUGGGCAUCCAGGACUUCCAUUCCUCUAAGGCCCUGACUCUCCCCAGCUUUCUUGUCCCAUAACUCCUGUGGGUCCUGGGCCAGACUUAAGGUCCCUACAGCAGCGUCCUGGUGAGGGUUAAGGGGGCGGGGCCGCUGCAUUUUUGGGGAGUGAGCGCAUCCUAGCGGCUGCCAAGAGGGGCGUCCGUCAGGGUCCUCACGAAGCCCUCGCGCAGGGGGCAACAGGUGUUUUGGAGAUUAAGGAUCCCCAGCCUUAUUUCUCGGAUUCCUCUUAAAGAAGCAGACCCGAGAGGGUGAAGGGUAGAACAGGCGAAGUAAAAAGAGAGAAAACUAACAAAUCAGUGGAGCAGGAGGGGGCGUCUGUGUGAAUGGGAUGGGGACACCGGGGGAGGGGCUGGGCCGCUGCUCCCAUGCUCUGAUCCGGGGGGUCCCAGAGAGCCUGGCGUUGGGUGAAGGUGCAGGGGCUGGCCUGCCAUCUCUGGACCUGGCUAAAGCUCAAAGGGAGCACGGGGUGUUGGGGGGUAAACUGAGGCAGAGACUGGGGCUGCAGCUGCUAGAACUGCCUCCUGAGGAGUUCCUGCCACUGGGACCACUGCUCGGUGACACAGCUGUGAUCCAAGGGGACACGGCCCUAAUCACACGGCCCUGGAGCCCGGCUCGCAGGCCAGAGGUUGAUGGAGUCCGCAAAGCCCUCCAGGACCUGGGGCUUCGAAUAGUGGAGAUAGGAGAUGAGAACGCGACGCUGGAUGGCACCGACGUUCUCUUCACUGGUCGGGAGUUUUUCGUAGGCCUCUCCAAGUGGACCAAUCACAGAGGAGCUGAGAUGGUGGCGGACACAUUCCGGGACUUUGCCGUCUCCACUGUGCCAGUCUCAGGCCCCUCCCAUCUGCGCGGCCUCUGCGGCAUGGGGGGACCCCGCACUGUUGUUGCGGGCAGCAGCGACGCUGCCCAAAAGGCUGUCAGGGCAAUGGCAGUGCUGACAGACCACCCAUAUGCCUCCCUAACCCUCCCAGAUGAUGCAGCUGCUGACUGUCUCUUUCUUCGUCCUGGGUUGCCUGGUGUGGCCCCUUUCCUCCUACACCGUGGAGGUGGGGACCUGCCCAACAGCCAGGAGGCACUGCAGAAGCUCUCUGAUGUCACCCUGGUACCUGUGUCCUGCUCUGAGCUGGAGAAGGCUGGUGCUGGACUCAGCUCCCUCUGUUUGGUGCUUAGCACACGCCCCCACAGCUGAGGGACUGGCCUUGGGGUAGGGCAGCAUAGGAAGUAUAACAGGAGGGUUAGAGGAUGGUGAAUAGGCAGUAGUGGAAAGAGGCCUCAAGAUGGGGGAAGGGUAGAAUGUAGGGGAAAAGAACAAGGGUCACUGGAUGAGUCCCCUCUCUCAGAUCAAUAAAAUGUAAUUGACCUUUUA